AUGAGGCUGGCAGGGUGCCCUGUCAUCCUGAGGACGCCUCUCUUGCUGCUUGGGCUCUGGGUGGUGCUGGCUCCCACCCAGUGUUCUCAAGGUCGUCCCUCCUGGCGCUACAUCUCCUCCGAGGUGGUGAUUCCCACGAAGGAGCUGCACCACAGCAAAGCCGUGCGGGCAGCAGGCUGGCUCUCCUACAGCCUGAGGUUUGGGGGCCAGAGACACGUCCUCCACAUGCGGCGCAAGAGACUCUUUUGGCCUGGACAGCUGGUGAUGAUGACUCAGGAUGACCAGGGGGCCUUGCAGGUGGACUACCCCUUUGUCCCUCUCGACUGUUACUACCUGGGCUACCUGGAGGACGUCCCUCUCUCCAUGGUCACCGUGGACACGUGCUAUGGGGGCCUGGAAGGCAUCAUGAAGGUGGACGACCUUGCCUAUGAAAUCAAACCCCUCAAGGAUUCCCAGAGGUUUGAGCACAUCGUUUCUCAGAUCUUAGCCGACACCAACGCCACAGGACCCACGACCAGGCUGGGAUACAAGGCACAGAGGCACCCCCUGCUCUCCAAAGUGAACACUAGUGCAGCCUCCAGGGUCAGCAGUAAGCUCUAUUCAUCCCACAGAGGAAACAUGAAAGCCUGCCUCAUGAGUUCCAAUUCCAUUUAUACUCUGUACAGAAAUAUGUCAGAAAACAUCAAAUUCCUAGUAUAUCUAGGGAGUUUAAUGGACUCCAUGUUCCGAGGCCUUGACAUAAGGUACUACAUCAGCAUCAUGGUCAUUUAUAAUCAGAGGGAUCCAGCCAAUAUGAACAACUUUGCGGUGCCCCAAGGUCCGUUUGCUCAGAAUUAUAAGGCCAAUAUUUAUAUUCCAUUUAAGCCUUAUACAGGCUUAAUGAUGCUGAAAGAUGCACCCCAUGAACUUAAUUUUAAUCCCGUUGGGAGCAGUUUGUGCUCAGCCAGGAGUCUGGUCUAUGUGGGUCACCUGUACAGACAUAUAUUAUUGUUGGCGGUUAUAGCCACCCAGCAAGUUGCGAGGACAAUGGGUCUGGAUUUUGAUGAAAAGUCUUGUGUUUGCCAGCGAAGGACCACCUGCAUCAUGAACAGGUACCCUGUGUUGACAGAUGCCUUUAGCAACUGCUCCGUGGUACACCUACAAAACUCCUAUAGUGCUAACCAUGCAGAAUGCCUCUACUUAACUGGAUUUGUCCAUGUAAACGAAAGCCUGACAGUCACUCGAUGUGGAAACUCUGAGGUGGAAGACACAGAGCAGUGUGACUGUGGGUCCUUCAAGGAGUGCUAUAGCAACACCUGCUGUAAAACCAACUGCUACUUCACGCCUGGAAGCAUUUGUAACAGAGAAACGUGCUGCACAAACUGCACCUACGCGCCUGCGGGGACGCUCUGCAGACCAAUCCAGAACAUCUGUGACCUUCCGGAGUACUGCAUGGGGAAGGACGCGAGGUGCCCCGGGAAUUUUUAUCUCCAAGAUGGAACCCCAUGCACUGAGGACGGCUACUGCUAUGAGGGCAAUUGUACCGACCGCAGUAUGCACUGCAAGGAGAUCUUCGGGGAAGCCGCAAUCCUCUUCGGCGUAGCCAGUAAUGUAAGAUCUAUCGAGGCCACUCCAGUCACUGAAGUGCAAGUUAAAAACUAA